UUAUUGAAAAAUAUAAUUUUUAAAAUAUUUUUUGAAUUCAUUUAAGAAAAAUAAACAGAGUAAAUAUACGAUGUCUGCAGCUUGGGUACCUCCAGACAUUUCACUUAUAUGUUCAGAAAACCAGUCAAACUUAACACAAUGUUCAGCGACUGGAUUUGCAUAUUUGGCAUUGCUUCUUCGGCUUUUUGGGUAUGUGAAUUAUACUAUAAACUAUCCACAAGUUAGUGAAAAACAAUUCGAUUCCGAGAUGAUAUCUAAUGAUACUGAAUAUUUCUUUACUGAAAAUUGUGAAGGAGGUUUGGAAAUAAACCAAACUAAGAAAAUACUUGAAAAUGGAAUGGAACUCCUUCAAACUUCUGGUGAAAUGUUUCCUUAUAUCGACUCUCAAAACCAAACUGACAAACCUGAAGAACCAGAAUUAAUUGAAGAACCUCCGGAUAAAAAUAUAAACUUAAACUCGAAACUAACACAAAAAGAGAAACUUAUAAAAACGAGUGCAAAGAAAUCUAACAAAUAUGACUUUAUUAUUGUCGGUGCUGGUUCAGCUGGCUGUGUUUUAGCCAAUAGACUUUCAGAAGUAACGUCAUGGCGGAUACUUCUUUUAGAAGCUGGAUCUGAAGAACCAGAUAUAACAAUGAUGCCAGCUGCCAUAAGAGUUCUUAGCGGAUCAAAUAUCGAUUGGAAUUAUAAUACUCAGCCGGAAGAACUGACUUGCAGGUCCAUGACGAAUCACUUAUGUAAAUGGCCCAGGGGUAAGACUUUAGGGGGUUCGAGUGCUAUUAACUACAUUGUUUACAUGAGAGGAAAUAGCCACGAUUACGAUCACUGGGCGAAAUUAGGAAAUGAAGGCUGGAGCUACAAUGAAUUGCUGCCAUAUUUUAAGAAAAUGGAAAACAAUGCUGAUAUUGAAUCUCGUGACACACAGAACGGAGUAGGGGGACCGCUGAACGUAGAAAGAUACACUUAUGUUGAUGCAAAUACAAUUAUGCUAGUUAAAGCUUUAAAUGAGUCCGGCCUUCCACUCAUAGAUUUAACCGGAGGAAAUAGCGUCGGGACCAACAUAGCUUCAUCUACAUCAAAAGAUGGACGAAGAAUGUCCACUAAUGUAGCAUAUAUUAAACCUAUACGAGAUAUAAGAUCAAAUAUUGAUAUAAUUCUAAAUGCAUUUGUUACAAAAUUAAUUAUAAAUCCUAAAACAAAAAGGGCACUAGGUGUUACUUAUGUUAAAAAUGGGACUGCUUACAAUGUUUUUGCCAAAAAUGAGGUAAUAUUAAGUACUGGAUCCCUGAAUUCACCUAAACUUCUAAUGUUAUCUGGAGUCGGGCCUAGAGAACACUUAGAAAAUUUCCGCAUACCAGUCGUUUCAGAUUUGCAAGUGGGACAUAAUUUACAAGACCAUGUUACAGCGAAUGGUUUCGUUCUCGCUCUGGCAAAUAAAACAUGGACUAACGUAAGCGACACGGUUUUAUUUCAAGAAAUACAAAAUUACUACGAACAGGAACCCAAAAAAAGUGGACCGUUAUCUACCACUAGUACUCUUAAUAGUAUUGGUUUUCUAAAAACUAAAUAUGCACGUGAAAAUGCACCGGAUAUUCAAUUCCAUUUUGAUGGUGUGAAUGUCGAGGAGCUAUAUUCUGAUCCUCCCGCUUAUUUGGAAAGCAACGUACUUCCGAUUUCUUAUUAUAAUGGACUUUCACCAAAGGCAAUAUUAUUGGUACCAAGAAGCAGAGGCAUAGUUUUACUAAACGACACAGAUCCCGUGAAUGGGCCGCCCUUAAUUUAUCCCAGGUUUUUCACAGUCAAGGAAGAUCUUGACGUACUCUUUGAAGGAUUCCGUUAUCUUAUUGGUUUAGAAGAAACCAAAUCAUUUAAAGAAAAUGGUGCACACUUUGUUAAAAUUCCUGUAAAAAAUUGCGAAGAUUAUAUUUGGGGAUCUUAUAACUACUUUAAAUGCUUACUUGUUGAAUAUACUGUAACUCUGUAUCAUCCUGUUGGCACUUGUAAAAUGGGACCACCGUCCGAUAAAGAUGCUGUUGUCGAUCCUAGAUUACGGGUUUACGGUGUCAAGGGCUUAAGAGUAAUAGACGCGUCUAUAAUGCCAUUUAUAGUUAGGGGAAAUACGAAUAUACCAACUAUAACUAUAGCAGAAAAGGGAGCAGAUAUGAUUAAAGAGGAUUAUUUAAAACGAUGCAAUUCUAACUGAAUUUGUCUUGUAAAUUAAGGGCCAGUUCAUAUUUCAUUCUUUUUUUGCCUUUAAAGUAUGUAUAAUUUCUGUUUUUAUAUACAGACUCUUAUCACAAUACUUUUUUGCAUGAACAUAGUACAUGCAAAUAAGUACUGCAUAAUCUACCCAUAAAAUAGCUAAACUUUAUUUUAAUAAUCUUAAACUUAAUACCUUAAUAUAUAUAUAUACUAUUAACACGAGUGUUCUUAGAGAUUCAAGAAUUUAUUUGAUUCGUGAUAUGGUAAAUUUGUAAAAUUACCAUCACAAGUAAACAGAAAUAUUUUCGACCGGCCGUUACUAGUUUCA